AUAAAUGCAAAUUACCCGCCCCCAUCAUAUUUAUCUGAGGAGCAGCAAGAGGGCGUGUAACCACACAACCGCGUCCUCCAAUCGGCACUUACUUCAGUGACAAACUUUUCUCCAAUCAUUCGAACCCCCGAACUUCAGAGAGUGGAUUGGAGUUGCCUGCGAUCACUUUCCACUCCUUGAUCCUAUUUAGAGGAGCUGGGAGUGAAUAACUUCAAUGGGCAUCCUUUUGUAUUUAUGGUAAUAAACCUUUCACUCCGGGCAAAGUUCCAUUGUCUGGCCGCAGGUUUAUAUAGAGACGAUGCUGUGUCAGGGCACAAGCCCAGUUUGAGAACCGCUUUACCUUACUUGAUAGCACCAGCGAUCAGCCUGAUCUGCAAUGAGUUGUCUGGAGGUUAUGUAUCACCAUCAGCCUUAUGGAGCGCACCAGUAUUUACCAGCGACAUCAGCAGCAGCGGCGGCAGCAGCAUAUAAAGCAGCAUACUACCAUCACCACCACCACCAGAAUCAGCAGAAGUUAGCAGCGUUCAGUAAGAUGUAUGAGUCCCUGGGUCCCCCUGCAGCCAGUAAAGAGGAGGAGGAGGAGGAGGAGGAGGCGACGAAGGAGCAGCCAGCGGAGACAGAGUACCUCAGCUCCAGAUGCAUCCUCUUCACUUACUUCCAGGGAGAGAUCAGCGAUGUGGUGGAUGAGCACUUCAGCAGAGCGCUCAGUCAGACCAGCAACUUCAGCCUGGAACCCUCAGCCCUCAAAAGCCAGAAGACAACAAGCAGCUCCCUGUGGAAAGAAGGAGCCACGUUGUCCGGAAGUCAGUUCCCUGCUUCUCUCUGGAAUACCUCGUACCAGCCUCAGGCUCCCCACUGCCUCAGUGGAGUUCAUCCGGAGUUCCCUGGUGCAGCUGCUGGUGCAUUCCAUUCUUCAGACCCUCCGAGCUGGGCCAGCCAUGCACUGCACCAGCCUGCCAUGCCCCCUGCCCCUGCCGUCUCAGACUCCUGGCAUUACCCGCUGGCAUCACAAGCUAGCCCCACCUACACACAUGUCCACGACAUAUAUUCACACAUGCACCCCCACUCCCACCCACACCAUCACCCUCACCACUCACACAUCCUGCACCACCCCCAUUCCACCCACCUGGACUCCCGCUACAGCCCCCUGCUGGUCCCCACGGUGCGCACAGCCCGCAACCCCACCCCCCAGGGUGACAACCCAAAGACCGAACCCGCCUCCGCCACCACUGCCACCCAGUUGUGGGCCGGAGCUUUUCACAGUACAGUCGAUGUCGGCUUCGACACAGGUUUGCAACACCAAGACAAAGGCAAAGGGUCCACUUGGUUCUGAAGAGGAAGAGUGUUGUAGCACCUGAGAGACAGUCCUGUUUUGCACCACUAUUUUGAGCAAACACCUACAAUUGUCUGGAAAUCCUCUUGCAGAAGUGAACGGGUGCAGGCAAGGUGACUAAGUCUUUUUCCUUAAACAGGGAUGAUGGAAUUUUAAUCUUUAAAGAAUAUUAUGUUCCGGAGACCGGCACGUGAAUUCGUGUGGAGCGCAUUGAUGUUCAACAGAGGAAUUCACAAGCCUGCCUGAGAUGCCUUGGCUCGCACUACCAAGAAAUUGGGAAAGCUAAUAAUUAAGAGUAAAUUACACUUUUUCAUUUCAAGCACAAGUGCUGUGAGAGACAAGCUCAUUUCAAGAGGAGUGUUCUUUUAUUUUGCUGGGAUCCUGUUACUACGGGACGAUAAGAGGUAUAUUUUGAUCUAUAUAUAUAUGUAUAUAUAUAUAUUUUUGUAAAGAAUAUCCUGUUGAGAAACAGUUUUUUUCUCUCCUAAACAUGAAGGUCUUUUUUUUAAAUAAAUACAUCUUUUGUGAUAAUUGUGUACAGUUCUGUUUAAAGAACCUUUGUAUGUGAAGCACUGGGUAGAAAAUGAAGACAAUUUUGCAUGAUAAAAAAACAGGACUGCUUUUUUAGGUGCUAUUAUUUAAUGUGUAGCGCUAUGUUCCUAUGUAUGUGGGGGUUUUUUGUUUUUUACUUUUUGUGAUUUGUUUACAAGGUAACUGUUGUUGAAAAACAUUUGUUUUUAACACAAUGGAAUUAUCAAUGUGCCAUCUGGCCUGCUGAGUUCUAUUGGCAGUCACAUUUUCUCCUGUACUUUGGGUUAGCAUACAAUGCAUUACAAGAUUUGAUAACCUCAGUGUAUGGAUUUUAUUAGAAUUCAUGAAUUUCCAUAAAGGCUUAGCUGAAAAGCACCAUUUACAUGAGAUUUGUUUUAAAUGAUGUAGUUCAAUUAUGAAUCAUAAGUAAAUUCCACCAAAGAUUACUUAAAGUAAAAGUAAAAUAGCUCAGUUAAAUUAAACAGGGUUGUGUAAUAUAUUUGAUAUAUUUCUGUUUGAAAUUUUGGAAAUAAAGAUUAUAGUUCCUCAAUAAAAAAAAGACAAAUAACAGCUUAAAUUCAUGCAGUACAUGUGUCAAGAAUGUCAAGGAAAACAGUUAUAAAUACAUUUUUUAAUUACCUUUACAUUUUUUGCACUUCAACAUACAAUGUAUUUUCUAUACCAGGCAGCUGUACAGUGUUGAAUCCAAUGUCUUAGAGGUUAGGAAAAAUCUGAAGGUCUUUCUAAGCAAAAUCAUUUUUAGCAACAGUUAAGCCAUUUGCCGAAAAGCUUUUUGUUGCUGAAAAAAAGCAUUAUUUUUUUUUUAGCAAACUCAAUGCUUAUGAUAAAAAGUGAAGCUCUGCAAAAAAGUGCUGUUUAUGGCCUGUAUUUUAACAGUGUAUUUUAAGUGUCUCGUUUACAAGUGUUUUGUUUUGUGUUUCUUGUGUAUGCAGCAAGCGUUCUUGUACAAUAUAUCUUGUGGAUUUUAUUUGGCUUAUUCCACACAUUUUUAUUGUUUGCAAUUCGUUCUGGUCCAAUUGUUUCUUCUGUAAAGCGAGUUGUAAAUGUGUCCUUGUUAAUAAAAUUAUUUAAU